AAUAAAAUAAAAUAAGAAUUCAUUCACAAUCAGAAAAAUAUAAAGGAAAAAUAAUGUCUAAAAGACCUGAAAAACUUCAUCCACCAAAAUUUGGCCAUAUCCAUGUAUGGCGUUUCAAGCUGCUCUGAGAUUCGUUUCCCUUCCAUCGUUCUCUAUCCAUCCUCACCACCACUUCCUCUACUCUUACCACAACAUUAUUCCGUCCACCUUUCCUUCCAAUAUUUCUCCCUAUCCAAACAAUAGUCCACAUCAUUCCAAGCCUUCGAACAAAGUACACAGAACAUGGCAGCAGCAAACCAGUUCCUUUUCCUUCAGUCUUUCAUACCGGUUCUUCUCUGAUGAAGCCGACGAGGAAGAGGAGGAUGAUGAAGCUGAGAAUUGCAGCUUCGAUGAAGCUGUGGAGCUUUUCAACAGAAGGGAAUACUACAAGUGCCAUGACUACCUUGAAGCACUUUGGAAUAAAGCUGAAGAACCCAAGAGAACUCUCAUACAUGGGAUUCUACAGUGUGCUGUUGGUUUCCAUCACCUCUUCAAUCAGAACCAUAGAGGAGCUAUGAUGGAGCUGGGAGAGGGACUGUGCAAGCUCAAGAAGAUGAAUUUCAAGAGUGGACCAUUUUAUCAGUUUGAGCAAGACAUCUCUGCAACUUUGGACUUCAUUUACCAAACUCAGAUUGAAUUGGCUGCUUGUAGUGAUGAUCUUUGUAUAACAAUGGAUCAAUCAGAAAGAUCGUAUCAACUUCUCGGAGGCUAUGCUGCUGGACAGCGUCUGUAUAAUCUGCAAACUGAUUCUAACAAUGAUGAAAUCACAUACAUUGUGUUUUGCCCUCAGAGAUCUUAUGGCAGUAAUGGUGAACCCAAGCCAACAAAGGUCAAGCUUCCAACACUUUACGCGACUACAGAACUUCUCAAGGCCUACGAAUAUGAUUGAUGUUUCAUGCUUCUGAGUCAACCAAUUUAUAUGUAUACAAAGACGAUACAUUUUCAGGAACAAUCGAUCAAUACAAUACCUUUCUGUUUCUAGAUUUU